AUGCGCGGGGCUUUGCUCGCCGGGGCCGCGGGCCUCGCGCAGGCCAUGCCGUCCUUCCGCGAGCGGCUGCCCAACGCCUACGGCGUCGAGUGCCCCGGGGACCACUGGGAGGGCUGCACGUCCACGGGCCUCUGCAUGGGCCUGGGCCACACCCAGUGCGCCGGCGGCGGGGCCCUCGGCGCCUUCGGCGUGUCCUUCCUCCAGCACGGCUACGAGUGGACGACGGCCAUGUGCGAGGACGACGCCGACGGCGACGGCCAGUCGAACGGCGUCGAGCUCGGCGACCCGUGCUGCCUCUGG